AAAGUUCAAAUUUUGUUUUGUAUUUGACAUGGUGUAACAUGUUCAAGUUAUACAAAAUGUUGUAGGGAAAUAUAAUGUUAACAUGCCCUAAUAGGAAAACUAAGGCGAUUCAUUUACUUCCGACCCCUAAAAAUAACAGUCCAUUUACUUCCUUUCUUCUUUUAUUUAGAAAAAAAAAAAAAAAACCUCAUUAUAAUAUCAUUAGGUAGCGAUACUAUUUUAAUUUCCCUUCUCAAGCAUAUUUUUGGCACCAAUUUUAUAUAGAAGUCUUCAAAUUUAGAGUACACAUGUACGGCCUCUCCAUCUUAGAUUGCUCGCAGUGUGAAAGAAUCUGUCAUUGGAAGUCAAGAUUGCAAAACUAAUUUGUAUCAUCACAUGCUAAUUUUCAAUAUGCUAAAUUGUCUCAUAACUAUUCGGAAAUUGAAAAAGAAAUAGAAACCCGAAGAAAGGGGAAAAACGGAAUUCAAAUGAUAUGAUCACCAUCAAGUGAGAAAUGCAAAAAAUUUGACCCGUGCGGAUUUUAUUAGCUUUAAGAGAUUGAUGGUUCCUUCUGUUUAAGAGAAAAAGAAAAAAAAGAAAAGAAAGGGAAUUCAGGGAUUAGUGGUUCUUAACCUGCAAGCCAAGUACCCUUCAUUCUUCUCUAGUUAAAUCACUCAUUUAGACAUUGUUUCUACACAUAUACAUAUAUAUAAGGACAUUGAGGGAACAAUCUAAAAAUAAUACAAACCAUUUAAAGAGCCCAAUGCAGUUUUCCAUGUUGAGAUACUCUUUUUCUUCUUGUUCUUCUUCUAUCUUAAUAUUAUUGCUGCUUCUGAUGACAAAUAUUCAUGUACGGAUUACAACAGCUUUGACAAAGCUACCGCCUAAUGUAACAAUUCCAGCAAUUCUUGUAUUUGGUGAUUCCAUCGUUGAUACAGGCAACAACAAUUAUGUUCCGACGCUUCUCAGGUGCAACUUCCGUCCUUAUGGGAUAGAUUUCAAAGGAGGAUUUCCAACUGGAAGGUUUUGCGAUGGAAAAGUGCCAUCGGACCUUAUAGCUGAAGAAUUAGGAAUCAAAGACACGGUUCCAGCUUAUUUAGACCCAACAGUGCUACCUGAAGAUUUCCUGACAGGAGUAACCUUCGCUUCAGGUGGCUCAGGAUAUGAUCCUCUGACACCCGUUUUAGUGAAAGCUAUAUCAUUAGACGAUCAACUAAAAUACUUAAGAGAAUACAUAGGUAAGGUUAAAGGACUUGUUGGGGAAGAAAGAGCGCAAUUCGUCAUAGCCAAUAGUCUGUAUUUAGUGGUAGCAGGCAGCGAUGAUAUUGCCAACACAUAUUACACUCUACGUGCUAGGAAACUGCGAUACAAUGUCAAUUCCUACAGCGAUCUUAUGGCUAACUCAGCUUCUACUUUCGUGCAAAAUUUAUAUAACAUGGGAGCAAGAAGGAUUGGUAUUUUAAGUGCACCCCCAAUUGGAUGCGUGCCAGCGCAAAGAACUGUAGCAGGGGGAAUUCACAGGGAGUGUGCAGAAAGCCAGAAUCAAGCAGCAAUCUUAUUCAACUCCAAAUUGUCUCAAUUGUUGGCCUCUCUUAACAUUAAAUUACCUAACAGCAAGAUUGUCUAUAUAGAUGUCUACAAUACUUUCCUUGAUAUCGUCCAAAAUCCUCAAAAAUAUGGUUUUGAAGUUGCAAAUAGAGGAUGCUGUGGAACAGGGAUGUUAGAGGCUGCUAUCUUGUGUAAUAGAGCAACUCCCAUCAUUUGUGCUAAUGUCUCUAACUAUGUAUUCUGGGACAGCUAUCAUCCAACGGAGAAGGCUUACAGGGUACUUACCUCACAAUUCUUCAGUGAGAACGUCGACAAGUUCUUCUGAGUGCUGAGAUUAAUGCAACAGAAACCCCAUGGCCAUAUGACUUCUUUUAAUUUCUUUUCUAUGGGAAAAUUAUUAAAUAAUAUUGAUCCAUACUGUUCUCGUGUUACAAGAACACUUUUCCCACCUUGGACUAUCUAAUAUUUUAACUUUUUUCGUUU